ACAAAUACUACAUUUACAACAUCGUAAUACAUAUGUCUAAAAAUAUUUUAUACAAGUUUUAUUUCUUAUUUAUAUGCAAUGGACUUAUAUACACUGAAACCUCGUUAUUGUCACGUGUCAAAAAUCCGUUGGAGCAUUUUUCGGAGACAACUAUCGCUUUUAUAUUGCCAAAAAACAUUUACAGAUAUGAACCUUAUCGAGGACAUAGAACAUUGUGGAAACCCACUAAUAAAAAUACUGGUACUGCAAAACCAGAUAAACAAAACUCGAGACCAACGGUAAAAACUAAAUUCCACACGCAUCAAGUAUUACUGCAAGACAAGCGGGUCACUACCAAAAAAACUUUUUGGCAUCACUUUGAUGAAGAUGACGAGGCUUGGCCAAAAGUAGUAUUAAUAUUAUCUAGUACAGGCAAAACAACUACCCAAAAAAAGAUUAAAAAAACUUUUGCUAAUUAUUUCCCCUACAUAAACAAAAACACACAAAAGCAAACUGUCAAUCCCAAUGAUCUAGGCAAUACCAUUGUAGACGAAGCUAGUGAAGAGAUGUCGACAGAUUAUGAUCAUGGUAAAAACUGGUUGCCUGUAAAUUUUGUGAACACAGACGAAAGUGUUCACUGGGAAGAAGAUGAUACCAUAGACACAACUGAGCCUGAAGUUCCAGUAAUGUUAACUCUGACGAGAGAAGAAGUAGGAAAUCCAGAAAUUACGACUGUUACGACAGAAGACAAUCCGGAAAUUACGACUAUUGGUAUAGAAAAAGCAAAAAAUCCAGGAAUUACGACUCUUAUGAGAGAAAGAGUGCAAAAUCGAGGAGAGACGAAUCUUAGUGACCUUCCUGGCAGGCCAGUUGGUCGGGACUGGCCAACACUGCCAACACCAGAAAGUACAAAAUCAUACACACGCAGAACGCGAACGACUCAAAAAGGAACUGCACAAGAAGAUUAUUAUGAACACGUAGAGGUAAAAUGUUAUCAAUGCGGAUUAAAUGAAACAUCAAUACCUAGAGCACCAGGUUGCCACCAAGCUUUUAACAGCAAAGAACGUAUCUAUAGCUAUUUGAGGGAUAUAUUCAAAGUCACGUGCAUCGGUACUGAUCAAUUCACUGAUAUACCUAAGGACGACCCUAAGUAUUUCUUCACAUUACCAAAGAGAUUGUACAGAGGCGGAUGUUUCAAGCGUUACCUUGAUGUUGGUGAAACAUAUGAUGAGCGAGGUUGCCGAACCAUGAAUCCUCUGCGUGGUAGUAGCUAUGCGUCCAAUAGAUUAAUGUCGUUAGAAAAAUCCAUGCAUCACAUCGAAGAGGGUUGCGUGGCGAGCCCGCAUGCCUCGCUGACCCCCUUGAGCAGAUCCGUCAACCUGUAUGCUAGAUAUCACGUAUGUGUGUGUGUCGGUGACUACUGCAACGAGAGCGAAGCACUACGUCCUAAUUAUAUUUAUUUAGUAUGGCUCUAUGUAUUUCUUUGGAAAGGUUUUUAACUAUAC